AUGGACGAAGUGGCACGAUUACUAAAUAAUGGUCAUCUUCGAGAAUUCUUAAGUGAGGGAGCAAAGAAUCAUUUCAAGAAUCGGGAACCCAGCAAAAACAACAAAACGGAGCAACCCCAACACGUGAUCAACAUGAUCAUUAGGGGAGUGGAAACACCCCGAGGACUGAUGAUGAAGAAGACAAAGUUCUCAAUCACCCGAGAAAAAAUAACAAGGGACUAUGCACCGGAUGGAUUUAUCUCCUUCAGUGAGGAAGAUGCGGAGGGCAUCAUUCAACCCCACAAUGAUGCUUUGGUAAUCUCUAUCCUUAUUAAUAAAACUCAUGUGAAACGUAUUUUGGUUGAUCCAGGUAGCUCUGCCAACAUUAUCCAAAGAAAGCACAUUAAGUUCUAUGUCAUUGAUGGAGAACUGAGAUAUAAUGCCUUGCUUGGAAGACCGUGGUUACACAUUAUGAGGGCGGUGCCUUCGACCUUGCACCAGAUGUUAAAAUUCCCAACCUCAGAAGGGGUAAAAAUCAUUCAUGGAGAGCAACCUGCAGCAAAGGAGAUGUUCGUAGUUGAAGAAGCUGUUCAAACGUCACAGAAAGCCCCCGAGGAUGCUAAAUAG